UGUGUAGUGUGUAUGAUGUAGUGUGUGUAGUGGGUAGUAUCUGGUUUGUUCGCGCACUGGUUACCUGAGCAGAAGAAAUGAAGCAGUAAGAGGGAUGUAUUGUACAGGGCUGGUUAUAAUAAAAUGGACUUCCUGACUUUAUUUUGUAUUUAUGUGCUGGUGGUGCUGACCUGUAUCGCUCUGGUGUGUAAAUACUCAGGACAAGAGUGCACUCCGUUCAGCCGCCUGUACAGCCUCUUUACACGGGUUAUUUCUCCUUUAAUUCCACAACGGAUUCAGUACAUCUGCCACAGGACUGUGCACAGACUCUUUCACCAGAGGAACCACUUCUUCAUUUACUUACACAUUAUACUUGAGGCUGUUGUAUAUGGAGAAUACUCCUAUGAGGUGGUUGGGUACUGCCUGGAAAUGGACACCACUUUGUUUAACGUGUGUGUUCCAUAUGUCCUCCUGGUACUUAAAUCCUACAUCUUUUACCUCUGCUGCAGUAGAGAUCCAGGUACACUGACCAAGAAAAACCAUGCAGCUCAACUGAAGGUGUACCAGUAUGAUGAGACGUUAUUUCAGAAGGGAGUUUUGUGUCCAACCUGUCAUCUAGAGAAACCUGCCAGGUCAAAACACUGUGGAAUAUGCAACCGAUGUGUACAGAGAUUCGACCACCACUGUGUUUGGGUGAAUAACUGCAUCGGUGCUCAGAACACAAGGUUCUUCCUGCUCUACCUGCUGAGUGUGUGCGCCAUGGCAGGCGACAUUGCAGUGCUGACAGCAGACAUGAUGUUCCAUACUGUCGUACGAUCCGGGAUCAUGCAUGCAUCCUACACUGAUGAGCAGGGUCAGCAGCAGCCUGUAGGAGCACUUUUUGUUGUACAGCGCCUUUUCAUGGCCUUCCCCAGGAUUGUCUUCAUGCUUGGCUUCCUGGUGUUUGUUUUUUUCCUCCUGGCGGGGUAUUUCAUGUUUCACUGUUACCUGGCACUGGUGAAUCAGACCUCUAAUGAAUGGUUCAAGCGGAAGGGGCGUGGAUGUCAGCAUUGUAAUCCUGUCUCUGGACACCGAUGUCUCGCCACCUACAAUCCAUUACGAGGUUUCUAUCAUAGAGGAUUUCUCAAAAAUGUCGGUGAAAUCUUUUGGCCUUUAUGUCCCGAACAGAAGAAAGACAAUUAGUUCCAGCAUGUUUUUGUCCUCAGACACAUGUUUUUAUACUUUUGUUCAUAUUUUUAUCAUUUUGUAACUAUAUUUGAUAGGUAAGUUGUUUCAAAUAAAUGGUUUUAACUGUUUAAA